AGUUGCCACCUUACCAUUUGAUGCUAUUCAUGAAUUUAAAAAAAUGUUAGUAUAUUUAAUUCAAAAAAAACUCUCUAAUAAUAGUAAUUUAGCAAGAGAGCAAUGUUUAUCUGUUCUAUGCAUAGAAAGCCAAUUUGUUGCAGUAUUCAGAGAGUAUUUAAAGCAUUAUAUUCCUAGUAAAAGGCUAUAUAAAUGUGAUUUCAGUAGCGAAGAUGCAUAUGAAAUAUUAAGUAAGAUUUUUGAGGAUCUAGAUUGGAGAAUUAGGCUGUAUGCUCAGAAACAAAAAACGGCUGUAAUUCUUUUUUCUUCAACAAGUAAUCUUUCAGAUUCAGUAAACUUAGGCUCAGAAAUUGGCAAGAAAAAAAUCAUAAAAAAUGCAAAUCAGUAUUUGGAAUGA